CCGCUUGCCUCUGCGACGCGAAGCUCGUACACGAUGGAUCGGCCAUUUAAUUAACGCCAGCCCAGCGCUAAAGAUAUACAGUGAUAUAAUAAUGGAGAACCUGGACUUCUCAGAAGAAGAAAUAGAACAACAGCUGGCGGUGCUGGGCUACCGUAACAUACCCAAACACAGGCUGCGUGCAUUCAAAAGAGAUCUUGACGAACUGAUUCAACAAGGAAGUUUAAAGAGCCAGGCUUCAUUUGUUAAGGAGAACUCCUCCAAUUCUCAGACAACCAUGUCUAAGACUGGUCCUCCUGCAUACACUAAAGAGAAAGUCAGCCGUUAUCAUAUUACAGACCCUGGCAAUGGCUUCUUCCUGCAUGCUGGUAAUCUACAUCAAGAAAGACAGGUGUUCAACUCCUGCCAAAACAAAGACUAUGGGCCAAGGCAGGAUUACGUUGACUCUUAUGCACAGCACUCUGUGUCCACAAAGUGUUCCUACAACUCAGUAGCUCCAACCAGGUUAGAGGUGGAACUUGAGCCAGAGCCGGAGCCAGCUGACACCAGGAGCCCACCUUUCAGUGUCAGCCAGUCAUCCACCCCUGUUGGAGAAGCCCAUGAGAGACACUUUAUUAAGAGAAAAGUCCUGAGGAAACAUGAAGGACAGCUAUUUGUUUGUGAUGAAUCACGGCACAGUGAAGAUUCAGGUAUGGUGGACUUCUCAAUGGAUGCAGAAAGUGGACUGGAGGACAGACUUGCAAGGCUACAUGUGUCCAGGUUGGUUCAGCCAGAUGUUGAGACAGAGAAUGAGGACCUAACCAGCCAGGAGGAGCUUAGCACAGAUACUGAUGGACUUUCUCUAAACGCCUUUGAAUCUUACAUCAGGGGCAUUACUGAAAUGCAACAUUGGAACGAGCUCCGGCCUAGACCAAAGUCAUUCAUCCGCCCACAACUGCACCGACACAUGAGAAACCUGAAGAAGAAUGACCCAGUGAAAUUGUAUUUCCAGUAUAAACAGGAUUGGAACAUGUUCAAGGUUCCAGGAGAAAACGACAAGAGAACCCUGCGCCGGGAAAUCAGGCAACAACUUGCAUAUCAGCCUCCAGCACCAAAGCCCAGGAGGGUUUAUGUGCCCAACUCCUAUAUUGUGCCAACGGAGAAGAAGCGCUCCGCCCUCCGCUGGGAGAUCAGAAACGAUUUAGCCAAAGGUCUCCUCCCAUCCAGACUGAAAUAUCACUUUUAAACCUCAGGCCCUGCAGACGUCUUGAUUUUUUUUUUUUUUUUUUUUACCACCACUGUGCAUUGUUUUCUAUCAUUGGCAUUAUUUAAUCAUCCGCUUUUGUCAAACAUAAUAAAGACACAAUGAUAC